GUUCACACACUCUCCUGUCUCCUAUCCAUCCAGCCACCGAAGCUAGCCAAGACCAAGAUGUCUCAGUUGCUGCACCUGCCGGACCUCGCGGCGCCGCGGACCAGGAUGGGCUCGGCGCUGGCGGCGGGGGCCCGCGUCAAGCAGGGGGAGGCGGGGACGGCGAGGGGGCGGGUGCUCAGGGUCGCCGACCCCGUGCGGCGGGAGUGCCUGGUGCCGGUCCCGCCGCCGCCGGUCCUCGCCGCGGGGAGGCGCGGAGACGACGACGACGUCGACGAGGAGAGGCAGCGGUACUACCUCAACCUGGGCUACGCGAUCCGGACGCUCAGGGAGGAGCUCCCCGACGUGCUCUGCAAGGACCACAGCUUCGACAUCUACAGAGAAGACAUUGUCUUCAGAGACCCUCUCAACACAUUCAAGGGCCUGGGAAACUACAAGAGGCUCUUCUGGGCGCUGCGCCUCACCGGCCGGGUCUUCUUCAGGGCGUCGUGGGUUGAAGUGGUCAGCAUAUGGCAGCCCGCCGAGAACAGCAUCCUGCUUCGCUGGACCGCCCACGGCGUCCCUCGGGUGCCCUGGGGCUGGUGGGACGCCGCCCACGCCCGCUUCGACGGCGCGUCCGUGUACAAGCUCGACAGGAACGGCAAGAUCUACGAGCACAAGGUGCACAACGUCGCUACGAACCCGCCGGCCAAGUCCAAGGUCCUGCCGGUCCACGAGCUGGUCAGGUCACUCGGUUGCCCCUCCACUGCCCAACCCACAUGUUCUGACUUCUGAAGCUUUCGUCGUCGCAGUGAUGUGCCAUCUUAUAUCUUAUUAUUCGAGAUUAAUUAGCAUGGAUAGGAUGCUACGUCGAGAUUAAUUAUCUGGAAGAAGGAUUGGCGUGGGUUUAACAUGAUACCCUCCAUUUUUUUUGUUUUUCAGUGUGAUUUGAUAGCGCACAAAGUUACAGAGCACUCCUGCAGGCUGCAGUUGUAUAUAUGUACAGUUAUAGAAUAAGAACAUCAGUUAUUGAUUGUUAAAGCAUCAGUCAG